CUGCAGCCUAUUCUAUGCUGGCAAAGAACAAGAGAAUUUGAGAAGCAGAAGUUUCCAUUUCAGCAAUACCAGUAAACAUGCACGUGUCCAAUGAGAGACGAAAGAAAGUUGCUUUCACUUUAAGAGUUUUCCUGACCAGGAAGAACUGAGCAGCAAUGGCUGACAAGAGACAGAAAGAAGAUCCAAUCAAUCAGGUGAAGUCAAUUGCCAAGAACAUGAUUGAUGGCUUCUUUGAUGAUCUGAUUGAUAAAAAGGUUAUAGAUAAGGAUGAGUUACAAAGAUUGGGAGAAGGAGUGGACAUCAUUGUGAACAAGACUGAAAGUCUAAUUGAGGAUAUCACUAAGAAAACUCAAAAAACAGGCGAAAUACUUAUGAACCGUUUCCUCAACCCUGAGAAACUACUGAGUUUGACAUAUCAACGUGAAAAUGAGGAUAAUAAAUCUGAGAACAGUGAAUCUUCUUCCUCUUCAGAAUCUGGAAGUGAAAGUGAAGAAAGUGAAGGUAAGGAAAAAGCUGAAUCAGUCCACCCAUUGAUUCUCCCUCCAAUAGAAUCUGGAAGUGAAAAUGAAGAUGGUGAAACUGAGGGGCAUGCUGGUUUGUCCCAGGCAUCAGUUCUACCUCUGACAGUUCCUCAGGAAAACCAGGCUUCCCAACCCAUUCAUGAGUUGAAGCUUUGUCCUCCUGAACAUUUCAAGAGACUGAUUACAACAAAGGCAGAUGAGAUUUAUCCAGUGAUGAAGAAAGAGGGCAGAACACGCUUGGCCCUCAUCAUCCACAACAAAGAAUUUGAUUAUCUUUGUAAUCGAUAUGGUUCUGAAGAUGACCUUUUGGGGAUGCAAGACCUGCUAGAAAGCCUUGGAUACUCAGUGGUUGUAAAAAUGAAUCUCACAGCCCCGGAAAUGGAAGCAGCGCUACUUGAGUUUGCUGACCGAGAAGAGCACCGAUCCUCAGACAGUACAAUCUUGGUAUUUAUGUCACAUGGUGUCCUGGAAGGAAUCUGUGGGACAAAACACAAAGAAGGAGAACCAGAUAUACUUCAUGAUGAUACAGUCUUCCAAAUUUUCAACAACCGUAACUGCCAAAGUCUAAGAGACAAACCCAAGAUCAUCAUCAUGCAGGCUUGCAGAGGAAAUGGUGAUGGGAGUGUUUGGGUGCCAGCCAUGGGAGAAGCCACUGCAUGUAGAUAUAGUCGUACUUUUCAGUGUUAUGUCUGGAGUGAUGCUGUUAUAAAGACCCACGUGGAAAAAGACUUCAUUGCAUUCAAAUCAUCAACUCCACAUAAUAGCUCUUGGAGAAGGGAAAAGAAUGGCUCUUUAUUCAUUUCCCAAGUUAUCUACCACAUCAAAGAAUAUUCUUGGUGUCAUCAUUUGGAGGAGAUUUUUCGAAAGGUUCAACGUUCAUUUGAGACACCAAAUGAACUGGCUCAGAUGCCAACGAUUGAAAGAGUAUCCUUGACACGGUAUUUCUACCUCUUCCCUGGGAACUAAAACACAUGAAGUAUCUCAGGACAAAUGGAGACAUUAUGAUCUCUAUGAUUCUACUACUUUAAAAGGUCAAUUCUUUAUGAAGAAUAUUUUUGUAUCACACAUCCAAUUGCCUACCCUUUACAAAUGCCAGACUAAAAUCACUAACAGUUAUUGAAUUAAUUCUCAAUAAAAUUCCUUUAAAAGUA